AUGAGUCACAGAGGACAACAUAAGUUGACGGCGGAGGAGAGAUACAAACGGGAGCAGGUUCCAUCCCUACACAAGCCAUCAUCAUCGCCGCGGAAGCGCAUUUACUCGGGGCCGUCCCUGAGCGAGUUUGCAGAAUACGUUGAGAAGCAGCAGGAGAGACGAUACCUUCAAAACCAAAACCGCGAAAGCUCCGUUGCUCCAAGUAACAGCGGCUAUUCCACUACGACUAUAUCCGCAGCACCUAAUAACCACUCGGAACUAGACAUUCUUGACCAGCUGGGCCUGUCAGACCAACCAACUACCAUUCAGUUGAAAGACUUGCUCCUGGACAGCUCUCAAGAAGCGGAGAAUACGCUAUCCCAGAUAACGAACGUCUUGAAACGGCGGCUGGGAGAGGGACACGGCGAGACCAUAUUUGACCUUGGGCAAGAAGAUAACGGUGACUGGAUGGGAUUCAACAGGGAGCAGUGGGACUUUGCCCUAGACCGUCUACAGCGGGCUGCACGCAAGCUCAGAGCAGAUUGUCGGGUCUUGCUAACGUAUAACGUCGGCGGCCCGGAGGAGGCUGAAGCUAAGAGUGAUCGCAUAAAGUCUGCAUAUGGGAAGAUCUUGAUACGACAAGCGCCAGAGACGGUUGAGAAUGCCAUCGAAAUCAGAGUUGUAGUAGUUGGAAACGUUGAUGCCGGGAAAAGUACUCUUUUGGGUGUUCUUGUCAAGGGAAAACUUGACGAUGGACGUGGUAAAGCUCGAGUGAACCUUUUCCGCCAUAAACAUGAGAUCGAGACUGGAAGGACCAGCUCCGUCGGCAUGGAAAUUAUGGGGUUUGAUACCCACGGUGAAAUUGUUGGUCGCGGACAAGCACGAAAGCAGACCUGGGAGGAGAUCGGGAGACAGUCUGCCAAAGUGAUCUCCUUCAGUGACCUUGCAGGCCACGAGCGGUACCUGCGAACUACAGUCUUUGGGAUGCUCAGCAGUAGCCCAAAUUACUGUCUGCUUAUGGUAGCUGCCAAUAAUGGACUUAUUGGGAUGAGCAAGGAGCACCUGGGCAUUGCUCUAUCACUCAACGUUCCUGUCAUGGUAGUUAUCACGAAAAUUGAUAUGUGCCCUCCUCAAAUCCUGCAGCAAACUAUCAAAGAGCUGACUGGGAUCUUGAAGUCCCCUGGAGCUCACAAGAUCCCCAUUUUCAUCAAGACUCGGGAAGAUACAGUUAACACGGCCACCCAGUUUGUUAACCAUAGGAUAUGUCCUAUUUUCCAGGUCUCCAAUGUGACCGGAGAGUGUAUUGACCUGGUACAGACAUUCUUGAAUAUGCUUCCACACCAUGGUCGAUAUGACUCCAGUGCUCCUCUGGAAUUUCUGGUAAACGAUACGUUCUCUGUUCCGUUCGUGGGGACGGUAGUGUCUGGCGUUGUGAAAGCUGGAGCGGUGCAUACAGGUGAUUCAGUGCUUAUUGGGCCAAGUCCUCUUGGUCAGUUCAAGAACACAGUAGUCAAAUCCAUUGAGCGCAAGCGAAUCCAUGUGCACGCCUGUUCCGCUGGCCAGACUGCAUCAUUUGCCCUCAAAGGAGUUCGUAGAAAGGAAGUGAGGAAAGGGAUGGUUGUUCUGCCUAAACUCGACCGUCCUCCAGAGGUUUGCCGUGAAUUUGUGGCUGAAGUAUUGAUCCUUUCACAUGCCACCACCAUUAAACCCAAGUAUCAAGCAAUGCUACACGUAGGCGCUGUGUGCCAGACCUGUACAAUUAUUGACAUUGAUCGCGAUUUCAUCAGAACUGGUGACCGCGCCCUUGUUGCGUUCCGUUUCAUACAACAACCCGAAUUCCUUUCAGUGGGAGACCGAAUCCUGUUCCGUGAGGGAAGAACCAAAGGCCUAGGCAUCGUGAAGGAGGUUAGUUACGAUCAUAAAGUUCCCUUGAAUCCAGAGAGAAGGGCUUCCUCUACUGGACAGGUGAACACCGGUUAA